AUGAACGACAUUCGAAUGCACAAAUUAUAACAAUUCCUUACUAAAUCAAACAUAUUUCAAAAUAAUUUAAUACAAUAGAUAGAAAGAUAAAAACUAACAAUCUCUAAUGAUGUUGAACUUAAAAAUUAAUCAUAGAUUUAAGAAAAAUAAAUUCAUGUUGUUCGUCCUUAUUAAACUGAUUUUGAUAAAGAAAUGUGUAAAAUUAUAAUAUAUCCUUAGAUCUAAUGGCUAAACCAUUGAUUUAACCUUUAAUUUAAUUAAAUAUUGUUAGUAAACCAGAAAUCAAUAAUGUGAAUUUAUCAAACUAAUUGCAUAACUAAUUAGAUAAAGCUAUUAAGAGAUCUGAGAAUUUUCUAACUCUAAAAAAACAACCAAAUUAUUUUCUCAAUCAAUUAAAAUAGUAAAACAAAUAGAAUCAACUAACAGAAAAGAAAUAGUAAAAUUAAAUUUCUACUAAAGAAAUAAAAUAGAUUGAUUCAAAUAAUUAUGAUUUCAAAGUAAUUAAUAAAAGACCAUUAUCUGAUUAAACAGUUGGAAUAAAACUACCAAAAUCUAUCAAAGAAAUUUAUUAAAUAGGAUAAACUAAUGAAGAUUUAUAAGCCAAUGAUGAAUCCUUUUGUUAUAAAGAAGAAAUCAAUUCAUAAUAAUAAGUGAAUAAAAUUGAUUUUGAUUGUCUACUAAAUAUUGCUGCUGGUUAAGUAGAUGAACGUACUAUGUCUGAAUUAGUUAAAAAUGUUAUUGUAGCCAAAAAGAAGGAAUUAAAUAACCCUCUUUUAAAUAAUUCUAUUGAACAAUGUGAUGUUUCAGUUUAAGCUUAACCAAUAAAAGAAGAUUAAUAAGUUCAAAUAUCAUCUAAAGCUAUGCCUAGUGUUUAAAAUGUUUUAAAUGGAAUUCGUUUAGCAAAAAAUUAAUAUUAUUUAAGUUAAGAAAAAUAAGAAUGCAAAACUAUCAUUCGUGAACAUUUAGAAGAAUUAAUGUAAAUCUUAAUGUAAGGCUAUCCUCAAUAAUCUGGAUUGAGUUAAUCACUUGAUUUUUUACUCUCUCUUAAAAAAUAAGAACUUUCUAUACCAUUAGAAGGAAUGAGUAAAUUGGAAUUACUCUAUAUAUUUGUUAAUGAGUAUAAAGCUUUUUAAAUGCUUGAUUAAGCUUCAUCUUCUUCAAAUUAAUUAAAUUAAACCAUAAGUAAGCGAUACUUAAAACCUACAAAACCGGCUUAAAUGAAGACAUUUAAAAAAAAAUGA